CGAGUAUCACCAGUAAACUCGCCCAUACAUAGCUUGGCGCCUUUGGUUGGCCGAGUGCGCGAAUUCUCAAGCAGACAGAAAUUUGGCCGACCCGCUUCUUCCCCAACCAGCGGGCAACCGCGAAGCUAUGCUUCGCCCUUCCACACUCCCCUCCACCGAUCGGCUCAGGUUUCUUCCCUCCGAUUUGUACUCAGUCCAUAGUGAAUAUCCUAACCCUCAAUCCUUCCAUAAAUCCUCUCUUCUGCCCAUAACCAUCACACGCCGUCAUCACCUCCGGCUUUUCUGCCGGCGCACUAGCUCCAGCGAUGCUGUCGCAGGUGCCUCCCAGCCGGAGGCUAAAUUUGAGGAGAUUGCCGUCGAUGGAGUCGAAAAGGAGCACACGAACGUGGGCAUCGGGAGCCCUAGCCUCUUUCGGCCACUUGUGACGUGCAGAAUGAGUUUAGGGGAUCAGGCCUUUUUCCUGCUUACCUUUAUUGCUUGCACGACAUCUAUUGCAUUUACCAGCCUAGUCAUUGCUGCUGUUCCCACUCUAUUUGCACUAAAGAGAGCUGCAACAUCUCUAGCCAGACUAGCUGAUACUACAAGGGAGGAGCUUCCUAGUACUAUGGCUGCAAUUAGACUGUCAGGAAUGGAAAUUAGUGAUCUCACAUUGGAGUUGAAUGAAUUGAGUGAAGAGAUUGCAGAUGGUGUCAACAAAUCAGCACAAGCAGUGCAAGCUGCAGAAGCUGGGAUUAGACAGAUCGGUGCUUUAGCCCGCCAAAGAACAAUCUCGAUGAUUCAGGAACGAGCGAACCUGCCGGAAAUCUCCUUCCGACCUCUGGUUGCAGGAGCUGCAAGAAAAACCUCUGAUGCUGUGGGAAGGGCCAAAAAGAAAUUCAUAAAUUUUCUCUCUCGAGGCGAACAAGAUGAUGAAGAAAGGAACUCAAAUGAGGCUGAGUAUUGAGAAAUUUUUUUCUGCCUCUCUUUUUUAUUUCUUCUAUUUUAUCCCUAAGAAAUCUUGCUGUUAGGUAUAUUGUCGCUCUACAUGAGAUUGAUAUUUUUAAGUUGUAUAUUUUAUAAAAUUGGUUGUAAAUUACUGUGGAUAAAAUAAUUUCGUUAUUACUGUUA